AUUGUCCAAAUGACAAAUGAGACUAAGGAAGCAUAACCAUGUCUUCAAAGUCUAUAACAACUCUAAGCCCAAGGCAAAGUGGUGAAUAUAUAGCAGAGCAUGCAGACCAUGUUUCAAUAGUUGAAGAAGGUAUCAAAGCAGUUGCCAAAAUGGCCCUGGACGCGGCUCGCGCGGCCGAGUCGGCCGGCGGUCUGGUCGGGGACGGCUACCGCGGCUCGCCGCUGCACCCGCAGGUCGCCGACGCUGCCGCCGUCGACUGGGUGUUCCUCGUGACCACGCUCAACUUCAACUUCUGGACGUCCGAGGGUGCCGUCAAGUACCGGGUGCGCCACGGAGGCAUCAUGUACGACGGCUACUUCUCCGUCUGCGCCGCUGUCAACCGGGCGCUGGAGGAGGGUAAGCCGGCGACCGACCCGGCCUGGUACGGCCGGCUGGACCUGGACGGUGUCCGUCACCUGCUCCGCUCUGACACGGAGGCCGAGAUCCCGCUACUGGAGGAGCGACACCGCGCCGUCACCGACGCUGGCAGGGUGUUGCUGGAAAAGUACGGCGGCAGUUUCGUCAACUGUGUGAAGGCGUGCGGCGGCUCGGCGCAGCGGCUGCUCCGGCUGGUCACAGACGAGUUCGCCUCGUACCGGGACGAGGCAGAGUUCAAGGGACAAAGAGUGUCGCUCUACAAGCGAGCGCAGAUUCUGAUUGCCGAUCUGUGGCUCUGCUUCGACGGCCGGGGGCUCGGCCAGUUCGACGAUAUCGACACGCUGACCAUGUUCGCCGACUACAGAAUCCCGCAGGCGCUGGCCUACUUGGGCGCGCUGCGCUACUCCCCGGAGCUGAUGGCGCUCCUGCAGGCAGAGCACGUGUUCGCCUCCGGCCACCCGAUGGAGGUCGAGAUCCGGGGCUGUAGUAUCGCCGCCGUGGAGCGGAUUGUGGCCGCCGCCCGGCAGAUGGCCGCCGAAUCCGGCCAGCCCGUCUCGCCCACCUUCCUCAACAGUAUCGGAGUGGAUAACUUCCUCUGGGGGUACCGGCGGCAGCACGUGAAGGAGACGAACGCUGUGCCCUAUCACAAGGUCCGCUGCAUAUACUACUAGUGUCAGCGAGCGGGAAGGGGUUGGACGAGUCGCGGAUUACGAUCAGCACAGCUCACUGAUCGGUAGUCAAAUGGGCAUCGAGGGACCACCGCAACGGAUAGCCGCUUGUUGGGGAAAAGCAAUACUCAAGGAUUGUUUACAUGUCAGAAAGGGUGUCGAUAAUAAAGCAAAUCAAUAUUUUAGGUA